CCAGAGCCCCGCCCACGGCCCGUGGACCGCCCCGCCCGCCGCCCGCCCCCGCCAUCGGAGCCCGGCUCCGCCUGCCUGGGAAUCUCCAGACUCCGGCGAUCUCCAGGACCUGAGGUUUCCGGAGCUCUUCGGGGUCGCUUCGCCCGGAGCAGGCUUCUUUGGCUUGUGAGCCCUCAGCAGAUGCCUGCCUCUUCCAGCAUGAGGGUCUUCUUGCCUGUACUGCUGGCAGCCCUUCUGGGUGUGGAGCAAGCCCAUUCCCUGGUAUGCUUCUCCUGCACCGACCAGAAGAGCAAUUUGAAAUGCCUGUGGCCAACUGUAUGCCCGAGCUCAGACAAUUACUGUGUCACAGUAUCUGCUACUGCUGGCUUUGGGGAUAUCAACCUUGGCUACACCCUGAAUAAGGGCUGUUCCGAGAUCUGCCCUCGUGAGAACAUCAAUGUCAACUUAGGUGUGGCAUCUGUGAAUAGCUACUGCUGCCGGCAUUCCUUCUGCAAUAUCAGCACAGCUGGCCUCGGACUUCGUGCUAGUGUCCCACUCCUGGGCCUUGGACUCCUGCUCAGCUUGCUGGCUCUGCUGCAGCUGGGCCCCUGACCAUCCCCGUGUAUGCUCCCCGUAUUCCCCCAGUUCAGGAAGAAAAGCUAGGGGGACCCUAGGAGCCUUCAGCUUCUGAGUGUGUCUAGUCCCCCUCCACAUUCUUUCAACAUCAGGGCUAAGCACCAAAUGCUUCCACAUCUGCUCUGUUGAAGUGGGACUAGCUACUCUUGUGUCCAGAACCAACCCUGUAACCUCCCUUGGGGACCAGGAAAGGGGUAAAAUCCUUCCUCGGAGUCUUAGAGUACCAAGGUCAGUACAGUGUGUCCUAUGGACACACUGACAAGGGGGGGAACUACCCAAAUGAAUAUAUACCUGUGUGCGCAGUGUGUCUGUUUGUGAAUGAAGCCAUUCGGGAUCUGGGAUGGGCAAAGGGGACCUGGAAGAUUCUCGAGUGGAAGGCCUGUCUCCACCAAGACUCCUUCCCCUGGCAUUACUGGGCCCACCUUGUGCUCACUCCAGGAGGCUGCGCGUGGAGGACCGCCACUCCCAAUGAAGGCUCCCACCCCUAGAUCCAGUUGAGUCCCCUGCCUGCCUCUCUGCCCACACUGGCUUCCUACUGCUAUUCUAGUGCCUCAAAUAAACUGUCCCCAGCCA